GAGAUCAGCAGGCUUUCAAAGUAGGAAAACUAGCUUGUAAUCAACUUUUUCCCGAUUUGAAUCGGAUAAUGAAGUUACAAAACAGAAGUUGUAAUAUUAGUUAUUUUUCGAGCCACGCCAGUCAGGCAGCAAAUAUAAAUUGAAUUUUGCUACUGGCCUCACACUCGAUGGACACACCGCCUCGAUUAGAGGGAUUUCCCGAACGUUUUACUUCCGUUUGAGUGUCUCUCCUGUAUGUAGCCGCGUCAUGAUACUCCUCGGCAGUCUCAUCGUCGUGAACCUUCUUAUCAUCAGUCCAAUUCUCUGUGAUCGACCCACGAACAUGAAGCAAUGCAGAGAAAAGUGUCACAAGGAACAUGGAUGGGUUACGAUUGAUGGUAAUGCCGUGCCAAUUCAGGAGGGAGAUUUCAAGAACAAGGAAUGUAAGUGCGUACUCAGCCGCCUUUUAAUCCAGCACCUAGGAACUGAAUUUAAAACAUUGUUUGAUAAAGAUCCAAGAGGGGGCAAGGAAUGGUUGGCAGAAAAGGGUUAUACACUCUCUAACACUCAGCCUCACGAAAACCAUCCCCUUAACAAGAUUGGAAAUCACUCCCCCGACCAUCCUGGAAAGCAUUCCCACAUCAACACAGGAAACGACCCCCGCUACAAUAUUGGAAAGCACAUCUCCAGCAACAAUGGAAAGCACUCGUCCGGUAAAGAAGAAAAGGGUUGUAAAAGACGUGAUUCGACCUAUACGGAAUGCAGAGCUGAGUGUCACAAGAAACAUGGAUGGGUUAUGAUUGAUGGUAUUGCCGCGCCAAUUUUGGAGGGAAAUUUCAAGGACAAGAAAUGUGAGUGCGUAAUCAGCCCUUCUUUAAUUAGUCACCUGGGAGAAAGGAAUUUAGAUACCAUCGAAUUUACACGUUUGUUCAAGAAAAAUCCAGAAGAGGGCAUGACAUGGUUAGAAAAAAAGGGUUUUAAAAGAUGUGAUGCAAAUUCCGACCCCUCUGGAUGUCACUCCCCCGACAGUCCACAAAAGCACUCCUCCAGCUCAACUGAAAAGCACUCCACCAGCACAACUGAAAAGCACUCCUUCAGCGAAACUGGAAAGCACUCCGCCCGCACAACUGGAAAUCACGCCUCCCCUGCUCAGGAGUCCGACGCUUCCACUCCACCUAUGAAAAGGAGGCUGGCACGGAAGCCAGGAUUUAAAAAUCCGGGUCAAGAAUGAUAGAAAA